UCUGCCGGUGAAACAGAUUGACAGAGAACAAGGUGCGAAUAUUCUGGAAUGUGCUGGACUUCUACAUGAAUUAACAGAAUUUUAAACGCGUGUUUUAUUUUAUUAGAAUUGGUGAUCAAUAAUAUUGAUACUGUUUAUAAUCUUUGAGUGAACAGUGUGAAAUCAGUGUAAUUUUAAAUAAGGAAAAAUGUCUGCGAAUCAGGUCGCUUCGCUGAAAGAUAAAGGAAAUGCUGCCCUACAGGAAAACAAGUUUGAAGAGGCUAUCAGAUAUUACACCGAAGCUAUCAACCUAGAUGGAAACAAUCAUGUCUUGUAUUCUAAUAGAUCUGCAGCUUAUGCAAAAGCUAACAAAUACGACUUGGCCCUGAAGGAUGCGGAAAAAACUGUGGAAAUCAAACCAGAUUGGGUCAAAGGCUAUUCUAGGAAAGGUGCUGCACUAGCCUAUUUAGGGGAAUACGAUCAGGCUCUUCAGGUUUAUGAACAAGCAUUGAAACUUGACCCUGACAAUGCUUUGAUCAAAGAAGGUGUUAGAGAGGUAUUGGCACAAAAACAGGCAGGUGCCCAGAAAUUUGCUAACCCAUUCUCAAGAGCAGAUUUGUUCACCAAACUUAGAAACGAUCCUAGGACUAAAAAUUUCUUAGACGAUCCUGAAUAUCUGAAUAUACUUCAAGAGCUCCAAGCAAAUCCCAAUAGUCUAGGAACAAAAGCGGCAGAUCCUAGAGUGCUAACCACUCUGAGCGUUCUUCUAGGCAUUGAUUUAGACGGGCAGGAACCCAUGGAAACUGAACCAUCCUAUGCUCCUCCACCCAGAAAACCCGAACCAAAACCAGAGCCCAAAAAGAGCUCCGAGCCUGAACUACCAGAACACAAAAGAUUAGCCAAAGAGGAGAAAGAAAAGGGUAACGAUUAUUACAAAAAGAAGCAAUUCGAUGAAGCUAUCCAGCAUUACUCCAAAGCUAUUGAACACGAUCCAACCGACAUCACUUUCUACAACAAUCUUGCGGCGGUUUAUUUCGAACAGAAAGAAUACGAAAAAUGUAUUGAAGAAUGUCAUAAAGCUAUCGAUAUUGGUAGGGCGAACAGAGCCGAUUUCAAACUGAUAGCGAAAUCGUUCACAAGAAUUGGCAACGCCUAUAAGAAACUCAAGGAUUAUAAGAAUGCCAAAAUCUUUUAUGAAAAAUCCCUGUCCGAGCAUAGAACUCCCGAAAUUAAAACACUGUUGUCCGACGUCGAGAAAGUGAUAAAGGAUGAAGAAGAGAAAGCUUAUAUAAAUCCAGAACUUGCCGAGAAAGAGAAAGAAUUAGGAAAUGAACUAUUCAAAAAAGGAGAUUAUGCCACCGCUGUCAAACAUUACUCAGAAGCCAUAAGGAGAAAUCCGAACGACUCCAAACUGUACAGUAACCGAGCUGCCUGUUACACCAAAUUGGCUGCUUUCGAUUUAGGCUUGAAAGACUGCGACAAGUGCACCGAACUAGAUCCCAAAUUCAUCAAAGGGUGGAUUAGAAAGGGUCACAUCCUACAAGGUAUGCAACAGUCCAGCAAGGCUAUUGCGGCUUUCCAAAAGGCAUUAGAACUAGAUCCAAACAACGCGGAAGCUUUGUCUGGUUAUAGAAACUGCACUUUGGAAAGCGCCGGUGUGGGUGCUGACCCUGAAAAAGUGCGACAGAGGGCGAUGGGUGACCCUGAAGUACAACAAAUCCUGAGAGAUCCAGCGAUGAGGCUGAUUUUGGAGCAGAUGCAGAACGACCCGAGAGCUCUUCAGGAUCAUCUGAAGAAUCCAGAUAUAGCGGCCAAGAUCCAGAAACUGCUGGCGUCCGGUCUGAUCGCCAUACAUUAAAAUGUGAGAAAUAUUUUUUAGGAAGAAUUGAAUUACUUAAAAGCAGUCAGAAAUGCGAAGAUUUCUAUUGGGGCUGCCUUUCGAAGUUCUUUUCACUUUUUUUUAAUAUGAUUUGUAUUCUAUUCAUGAUUCAGAAGUGGAAAGUAGGCAUUACUUUGUAUUUAAUUAUGCAGAUUUUCGAAUAUUUGCUAAUGUUUCUUUUGAAUCUGUAAUAAAUGAUGCAAUGGAAA